AUGCCUCCGCCCCUACCAUCUUCCCACCGCGGGAUGACCGCAAACCCGCUUAAACCUGUAGGCCGUUAUCGACCUGGCAAACCAGUCGCGGAAGAGCACUCAUCAUCAGAAGAAGAGGAGGAAGACGAAGAUACUGAGGCGCAGAGAGAACAAGAACGAAAAGAGGCCGAACGCAGGAGACAACAAGCUCCAAAAGCAAGCUCUUUCCCUUCUGCGGCCGCCCGCAAAGCUGUUCAGGAAGAGCAGGAUGAUGAUGAGGAAGGGUUUGAGACUGAUGAGGAGGAUGAAAAUGAGGCGGAGCCAGCAUCAGCACCCAAGGCUGCGCCACAAGCUCAAGUUUCUUCGGCACAAGCCGUAGCGUCAAAACCGACACCGGCAGCUGCCCCAGAAGAAAGCGAAAGCGAAGAGGAAGAAAGCUCAGAAGAAGAAGAAAGUAGUUCGGAGGAUGAAGCGCCCCGGCGCAUGUUGAUACGGCCUACAUUUAUCAAAAAGGACAAAAGAGGACAAGGCGCAGACCAAGCACAAGCUGCAGCCAGUGCAGCAAACACCGAAGCCGAAGCCGAAGCACGCCGCCAAGCCCAACGACAAGAGAAAGCAGACCAGCUAGUACGGGAUCAACUCGAAAAAGACGCAAUCGCACGCUCAACAGCAAACCGGGCUUGGGACGACGACGAGCUAGAAGUCGACGACGAAGAAGCCAUCGAUGACAAGGAUGGUGUAGACCCAGACGCAGAAUAUGCCGCAUGGAAACUCCGAGAAUUGAAGCGAGUAAAGCGCGAGCGCGAAGCCAUCGAGGAAGCCGAGAAAGAGCGCGAGGAGAUCGAGCGCCGACGCAAUCUUACACAAGAAGAGCGUGAUCGCGAGGACGCCGAAUUCAUUGCACAACAAAAGGAAGACCGCGAAGCCACCCGCGGUCAAACAGGCUUCAUGCAACGCUACUUCCACAAGGGAGCGUUCUUCCGCGAUGACCUGGAGAAAGAGGGACUGGAUCAACGCAAUGUCAUGGGCCGACGGUUCGUGGAUGAUGUUGCGCGUGAGACGCUGCCCGAGUACAUGCAAGUGCGUGAUAUGACCAAGCUGGGCAAGAAGGGGCGUACUCGUUACCGCGACCUCAAGUCCGAGGAUACAGGCCGAUUUGGUGGAGGGUAUCAGAAUCGUCGGAACGAUAAUGGUCCGCCCAUUGGCAUUACAGAUGAGCGCUUUAUGCCUGACCGGGGGGAUGAUCGGGGUCAGGGACCGACUGGGCCCACGGGUGCCAAUGCUAGUUUUGUUCGACCGAGGCGGAGGUCAAGAUCCCGCUCUCCACGGCGGGACAGACGGGAUAAUCGAAGUCGUUCGCCAGAGCGACGGAAACGCAGCCCGUCCCCGUAUGAAGAUCGGGAUAAGCGUCGGCGAGUCGAUAGUUCAUGA